GGGAAAUAAUUUGUUGUGGAGUCAUCAUCAUUCGGUAGAAUGGGGCCACGCAGGGUCAAGCACAUGGCAAAUUGACACAAAUUCUCAUUUGGCACAUGGUGGGUCCUAGUUAUGGUACCUACUGUCUUGUCAACAUGUCUCAAACUCAUUGACGAUUGGAGUGCUCCUUCGGCCAUCACAAUUUCUUCUUCCCUACCAAGCAAUCUCAGCUGAGAACCCCGCCACACAAACCUAUGGUACGACUCUAAAGAUGACAUAUAGUGAAUUUGAUAUAACUAGCUUAUAAUCGGUGCCUUUAACAUUGAUAUGGAUGGAUAGGUGUAGGUUGAAAUUGCUUUUCACUGAACAAGAAUGCAACAUAUGUCGUUUCUUAUUUGUAAAACGAAGCAUUCAUUAGAUUUAAGUCAUUACACCAUGUAGUUUUGAGAAAACCUACUGGUUAACUCCCAAAAUGACUGCAUGGUACUAGGUGUACAUAUGCGAAGAAUAAAAGAUAUUUCUGAAAUUUCUAUUGUAUGUUAUAUUUAGAGUAAUUUAUUGAGGAAUAUAUGAAAAGAAUUCUA